GGGAGAUUCUGUGAUGUGAUCAUCAGUGUGGAUGGGGUGGAAUUCAAGGCUCACAAGCUCAUCCUCUCUUGCUGCAGUAUCUACUUCAGGUCAGUAGUUGAAACACAAGGGGAUGGGGACAAACAGUAAUCCCUGAUUGAGGUCACCCUGCCUCAGCGCUUCUUCAGGACUUCCACCUUCACUGAACCUCUCAUCAAGUGAUUUCCCAUAGUCCCUACACCUCCCUGAACACCAGGAUUAAUCCACAUAGCAGUGUCUCUAAGCACUGGUGUCUGAGGAGCCCCAGACACAGCCUGGCCAGCCUGGCCCAGCUGCCACGGGGCAGCUUUGCCUUCCCCACACCCUGUGACUCCCUGGAGUUCAACAGCGAGUGUUGGUGCUGCACCUGGGUUGAGGCAACCUCACCCCAGUAUCAAUCCGGGCUGGGGGAUGAACGGAUUGAGAUCAGCUCUGGGGAGCAGGACUUGGGGUGCUGGUGGGUGAGAGGCUGAACAUGCUCUGGCUGUGGGCACUGGCCCCCAGAAAGCCCCCAUUGUCCCGGGCCCAUCCCCACAGCAGCAGGCAGUGGGGGGAUUCCGCCCCUCUGCUCCUCUCAGGUGAAAUCCCCUGCCCUGCUGCCUCCAGCUCUGGUAUGCUCCAGAGGCUGUCUCCUUUUUCAAACAACCAGCAAGUAAAACAUUAAUCAAUAAACCAUGGGGCCUACCAGAAUGGCUCCCACCAGUGCCAAAACUGGUGCCCUGGAGGCAGGGGGAGCACAGGGGAUCCAGGGGCAGGGUUUAAUGCAGCAACAUCAUGUUUUUAGGACUCUGUUUACCAACUGGGACAGCGCAGACAAGAUGGUCUAUCAAAUCCCUGGCAUUUCAGCUGAAAUGAUGGGUCUCAUCAUCAAUUACGCCUACACUGGGACAGUACCGAUCACAGAGGACAACGUUGAGAGUUUGUUGGCUGCAGCAGAUCAGUUUAAUGUCAUGGGCAUCGUCAGCCUGUGCUGUGAGUUCCUCAGUUCCAGGCUGUGCUUUGAGAAUUGCAUUGGCAUUUGCAGACUCACUGACUAUUACCACUGCCCCGACCUGCGCGCAGCUGCCUGCGUGUACAUCCUGCAUCACUUCGAGGAGGUGUCCCAGGUGUCUGAGGAGUUCCUAGAUCUCUCUGCUGAGGAGCUGGCACACAUCAUUGAGAAGGAUGAGCUUAACGUGAGGCGAGAAGAAGCCGUGUUUGAGGCUGUGCUGAGGUGGAUCACUCAUGACCCGCAGAACAGGAGGCAGCACAUCGCCUGCUUGCUCAGCAAGGUUCGACUGGCACUCCUACAAUCCGACUACUUCAUGAACAACGUCAAAGCUCACGAGUACGUGAAAGACAACGCCAACUGCAAAGAUCUCAUCAUCAGUGCCCUGUCCGAAAUCUACGACCUGAACUCCUACGGCCAGAGUUCCUCAGUCAACGCCAACCCGCUCACCCGGCCGCGCCUGCCCUACGCCAUCCUCUUCGCCAUCGGGGGCUGGAGCGGGGGCGGCGCCACCAGCGCCAUCGAGACCUAUGACGGCCGCACUGACAAGUGGCUGAACAUCCCCUGGGAGCAGGAGAGCCCCGUUGCCUAUCACGGCUCGGCUUAUUUGAAAGGCCACGUCUACGUUAUCGGUGGAUUCGAUGGCACAGAUUAUUUCAACAUUGUCAAACGGUUUGAUCCGCUGCAGAAGACGUGGCAGCAGGUAGCACCCAUGCACUCACGGCGCUGCUACGUCAGCGUCACCGUUGUGGACAACUUCAUCUAUGCCAUGGGAGGGUUUGAUGGGUACAUGCGGCUCAACACAGCGGAGCGGUAUGACCCAGACACCAACCAGUGGACCCUGAUCACCCCCAUGCACGAGCAGAGGAGCGACGCCAGCGCAACCACGCUGAAUGGAAAGGUUGGAGGGUUUGAUGGGAACAGCCGGCUCCAGAGCGUGGAAGCGUACAACCCUAUCGCCAACGCCUGGCACGCCGUGCCCUCCAUGCUAAACCCACGCAGCAACUUUGGCAUUGAGGUGAUGGACGGCCUGUUGUUCGUGGUCGGGGGCUUUAAUGGGUUCAGCACCACCGUUGCCACCGAGUGCUACGAGGAGGACACCAACGAGUGGUACGACGCCCACAGCAUGGGCAUCACCCGCAGUGCCGUCAGCUGCUGCGUGGUGCCAGGGCUGUCCAACGUCAUGGAAUACAUCGCCAGGCAACACUACUACCAGCACAGCUCCUCCAUGGACAUCUUGUUCACCAGUUCAACUCGGAGCUCGCCGUUGUAAAUAGUUCCCCUUAGCUAGGAGUGUUGUGAUCAGCCAU